ACACGAGGAAGAGGCUGACCAAUGACAAGGCGCCACGUCAUCUUCCCCUGCAGUAAUGGCGGCCUCCUUUUAGCACUGCGCUGCCACAUCUGUUACCAUUUGUUUUCAUCUGUUUAACACCGCACACACAGCGACUGGACCAAAUCAGCACCAUGGCUUCUCGAGCAGGGCCCAGAGCCUCGGGGACAGACGGCAGUGACUUUGAGCAUCGUGAGCGCGUUGCCUCUCAUUACCAGAUGAGCGUGGCUCUGAAGUCUGAAAUCCGAAAACUCAACAUUGUUCAUUUGCUCCUCUGGAUUCUAAUGGCCGCUCAGGUCACCGUGUCCCAGCUCGGCCUGGUUUCUCACAAAGUGGUGGCGUCUCCAUACCAGUGGGAGUACCCGUACCUCUUAAGUCUGGUGCCCACCGUCUUCAGCUUCAUGGCGCUGCCCCGGAACAACAUCAGCUACCUGGUGGUGUCCAUGAUCAGCGCCGGGCUGUUCUGCGUAGCUCCCCUCCUUUACGGCUCCAUGGAGAUGUUCCCCGUGGCGCAGCAGCUGUACCGGCAUGGGAAGGCCUACCGCUUCAUCUUCGGCUUCUCCGCGGUGUCCGUUAUGUACCUGGUCAUCGUCAUAGCAGUACAAGUACACGGCUGGCAGAUCUACUACAGUAAGAAGCUGCUGGACCAGUGGUUCACCAGCACUCAGGACAAGAAGAGGAAAUAGGGCUGUACUUUUAUUUGAUAUGCUUGUAUUUUUGAAGUUCCCAUUUUGCGCUAUUUUCUGAUCCAUGUUAUAAUGUUUCCUUAUCACAAAUAUACCCUGUGUUUUACCUUGUGAUGUCAUGGUGAUACAGGAAGUGCUCCACUGUGUUUUUAAACUCCGUACACCUUCAUUAGAAUCAUUUGGAUAAUUUCAGUCCUAGAAUUGCCCAUCUCUACUGAACUAAAGGUAAAACGUAGCUGUUAACUUGAAAACUAGAGCUACAUGACAUCACAAGGUGGAACAGAGCUUUUAAACAUGUUUUUGGUCGCCAUGGGAUCAAUAGUUCACGUUUUCCAAUUGUGUCUGCAUUUGUCUACAUUAAAAAUUAUGCCUGUUUCCAAUGUGCUCCCUCUGCUGUUGACAACAAGAAUGAAUAAUGGCAAAGUAAGUACAUGAAGGUCUUAUCCCCCAUGAAUACUUUGCUAAUAGAGCCAUGCGUUUGUUGCGUUCACAAUUUCACUGUAAAACGAGUUCGUGGUGGAGCUUCGAAGUCCACUCUUGUUUCAGAAGUACUAACCAGCUACAUGGUAAUCAAUUUCCAUAACACGACUGUUUUAAGCCCAAAAAACACAUUUAAAAAGCAAGAUUUGGCUAAAUGUUUUAAUAACUUUGCGGUUUAUAAAGUUUCAAGUUGUUUUUUUUAUAGGUCUUGUGGUCAAUAGUUACCACAGCGCUGAUUAACCCCGAGCAAGCUUUCUGGAAAGUCAAUGAGGAAAAAUGAGUGAAUGAGUGAAAUUGACUUCCCGAACCAGGGUCGGGGGGGGUCCCUGUUGAGCUCCGUCAGUUAUGGGCUUACAAACAGCACACACGAAGAUUUAUCUAUGACGCAACAAAACAGGCAACAUGCAAACUGAGCAUUUUUGGGGCAAGAUGACUUUGGAUUCAUGAAUUAAUGAAACGAGUGUGAAUGAAACAAAAUCCUACUCCAGGUAUGUUUUUGACAAGGGGCCAAUAUAACAUGGUUAAAAGGUUAAAAAAAAAAGUCAAUUAAUUUUGCAUAAUGUGUUCUUUAAAGGUGUAAUAUGGAACUUUGAUGGUGGAGGGCACACCACCUACUUGUCUCCAUAGAGAUGUCAUUGCUUUGCCUGGAAUUUUCCACAAUAUUUAUCCAAUUACAACCAUUUUUUAUUGUGAAAAAACACCUUGAAAAACUGGGUUGACUCUCCACAGAUCUGAAGAGUCAAGCACAUUACAUGGAGACAAACAGGUGACUGACCUUCCACCAGAAAAGUUGCACAAUGUAGCUUUAAGAUCGAGUCCUACACGUUCAAUAUUUUAUUCAUUUUCUUUUUGUAAUUGAAGUUUAUAAUUUAUGAUGCUGGUGAAAAGGGUUGGCAGGAAUAACGGUCGGACAAAUAUUACAUAAUGAAUAAUAUUGCAGUGGAUGUUUUGGAUUUACAGAAUUGAAUUAUCUGUAAUAAAAGGCCACAAAAUUAAAAAACUUGUAACUUUUAAAAUAAGGCUGAUAUUAAAAUCUGAACAGUCAUGUAUAUGUUUUGGCAUAUUUCUGAUGAAUUCUUUUAAAGCUACUAUCUGUAUGCUUAUUUAGUGGAAAAAAAUCUAAUGGAAUCUAUAAAAGAAAAGAAACUAUACGUAACAUGAACUGAAGUCUGUCUCCAGAUACGAGGUAAACAUGUUCAAAUCAAAUAUAGUUUUUACUGAUAAUAACUGUAAUGUUAAUUUAUACUGAGAAUGAGAAAAACUUGUACGUUUCUCUAUCUGCAGGUUAAAACUCUGGAAACCAAGGGUCAAAUGUGAUUGUACUUGUUAAUUAUUAUUAUUUAGUUUACUGUAAGAGUGCAGGCUACAUACAGUUCUUGUUGACAUUUUGACAUUCAUUUAUCAGUUUCCCCGGCCCCUCUUCAUUAUUUAUCACAAAACAGUCAGUAGUGUUUUUACUGUAAACCUUCUGUAGGCCUCAAUGCAAUAAACACAAUCAGAGCACUGUAUUGUCAACAAAGAGUUAAUAAACAGAGACAACAUUUGAACAGC